AUGGAAACACAUACUAUGAAUUAUGAUGAUAUUGAAGAAACAGAAGGGAUCCGUUUUUCAUGGAAUGUUUUCCCAUCAACCCGUUUAGAAAAUUCAAAGAUGGUGGUUCCCAUUGCCGCAUUAUAUAUGCCAUUAAUUGAACGUCCUGAAUUACCACCAGUUCAAUACGAACCAGUAUCUUGUAAAGCACCAUGUCGAGCAAUUUUAAAUCCAUAUUGUCAAGUUGAUAUGCGUGGAAGAAUUUGGAUCUGUCCGUUUUGUUUAACUCGAAACCAACUCCCUCCUAUGUAUAAGGAUAUUUCUCCUCAAAACUUGCCUAUGGAGCUAUUGCCAAAAUAUACAACUAUAGAGUAUAUUUUAUCACGCCCAUCUCAAACACCUCCAAUAUUUUUAUUUGUUGUUGAUACAUGUCUUGAAGAAGACAAUUUACAAGCUCUAAAAGACGCACUCAUUGUAAGCUUUAGCCUGGUACCUCAUGAUUCUUUAGUUGGAUUGAUUACAUAUGGAACUAUGACUAAUGUUUAUGAACUUGGAUAUUCUGAAUGUACAAAAUAUUAUGUAUUUCAAGGAACAAAAAAUUAUACUACAAAACAAGUUCAAGAAUUAUUAGGAUUAAUGGGUACUUCUUUACGACCCCAACAACCUAGCCUACGAAGAACUCAAUCUAAUUAUGGAGCGGCAGCCAGAUUUUUAUUGCCAGUUAAUAUCUGUGAAUUUCGACUAACUAAUAUACUUGAAUCAUUACAACAAGAUCCAUGGCCUGUGGCAAACGAUAAGCGCCCGCAAAGAUGUACAGGCGUUGCUAUAAGCAUCGCUGUAAGUUUAAUGGAGAAUGCAUUUCCAAAUACAGGAGGACGUAUUAUGUUAUUUUCAGGAGGGCCAAGUACACAAGGCCCAGGAAUGGUUGUUGGUACAGAAUUGCGCGAAUCAAUUAGAUCCCACCAUGAUAUAGAAAGAGAUAAUAUAAAAUAUUACAAAAAAGCGACUAAAUUCUAUGAAAAUCUGGCCAAAAAAGCAUCAACAAACGGACAUAUUAUAGAUAUUUUUGCUGGAUGUCUUGAUCAAAUCGGAAUGUUAGAAAUGAAAUCUUUAUCAAAUUUUACAGGAGGACAUAUGAUUCUAUCUGAUGCAUUUUCUUCAUCUAUUUUUAAGCAAAGUUUUCAGAGAGUUUUCAAUACAGAUUCCCAGGGAUCUUUACAAAUGGCAUUUAAUGCCACCAUGGAAAUACUAACUACGAAAGAAUUAAAAAUAUCUGGAUUAAUUGGUCAUGCAGUUUCACUUAAUAAAAAAUCUCCAUCUAUCGGAGAAACAGAAAUAGGUAUUGGAAAUACAUGUUCCUGGAAAAUGUGUGGAAUUUUACCCAAAUCAGCUUAUGCAGCAUAUUUUGAAAUGUCUGAUCAAGAUAAACAGCAACCUCAAGUGAGUCAAAGAGGACUCAUUCAAUUUAUUACUCAUUAUCAACAUUCAUCAGGAACAUUUAGACUUCGUGUGACAACAGCUGCUCGCUCUUUUGCAGACAGUAGUAGUCCACUUAUACCUCAAUCAUUUGAUCAGGAAACUGCAGCUGUCAUCAUGGCACGUAUAGCAGUAUAUAAAGCAGAAAUAGAUGAUGGCCCUGAUGUCCUUAGAUGGACAGAUAGGAUGCUUAUUCGCCUUUGUCAGAAAUUUGCAGAUUAUAGAAAAGAUGAUCCUUCAUCCUUUCGUCUUUCAUCAAAUUUUAGUCUUUAUCCUCAAUUUAUGUUCCAUCUUCGAAGAAGCCAGUUUUUACAAGUAUUUAAUAAUUCUCCGGAUGAAACAGCUUUUUAUCGUCAUGUUUUAAAUCAUGAGGAUGUGAAUAAUUCAUUAAUCAUGAUACAACCUACUUUAAUAUCGUUUUCUUUUGAUCAGGAACCGCAGCCUGUAUUACUUGACUCUAUUUCUAUUAAACCUGACGUUAUCUUACUUCUUGAUACAUAUUUUCAUGUUUUAAUUUGGCACGGAGAAAUAAUUGCAUCAUGGAGAAAGACGGGGUACCAAGACAAAGAAGGAUAUCAAAAUUUCAAAGAAUUACUAGAGUCUCCUCGUCAUGAAAUUGCAGAUCUUCUAGUCGAAAGAUUUCCAAUACCAAGAUAUAUUGUUUGUGAUCAAGGAGGAAGCCAAGCUCGAUUUUUAUUGUCAAGAAUUAAUCCAUCAGCAACUCAUGCAACUAGCAGUUAUGGUGCACCAUCAGCACAGGCCGUUUUUACAGACGAUGUUUCACUUCAAGUAUGUUAA